AUGGCCGUUCCAGGACCCCCUCCUAUUCUUCUGCUUCCGCUGGUUCUGCUGCUGCUGCUGCGGUGGGCGGCGGUGCCCGUGGCCUCCUACGCCCUCAGCCCGGGACGCACGCCCCAGCACAAGAUCCUCCACCUGGACUGGCCCAAUGACUGUGGCAUGUCCCACUUCAAACCCAACAUGGCCGAGAGGAUUGUGUCGGGGAACGAGGCCAAACCUCACUCCUGGCCCUGGCAGGUCUCGCUGCAGGUGCGCCCAAGGGGGAGUAAGCACUACAUUCAUGUCUGCGGAGGAACCCUCAUCCACAAGAACUGGAUCCUCACCGCCGCCCACUGCUUCCAAAAGGGUAAGGCGGAGGACGCUGCCAGCUGGCGGAUCGUCCUGGGGAAGCACCAACUCAAACGCUCCGAGAUCCCCGAGAGAGUGAUCCCCGUGAAGCGCAUCUACCGCCACGAGCACUUCCGCUACCCCACGCACAGCGAGCUGGACUAUGACAUCGCCCUGGUGAAAGCCGGUGCGGACAUUCUCCCGUCCAACUUUAUCCGCUACGCCUGCCUGCCGCGCAAGCAGACCAGCCUGAAGCCGGGACACUACUGCUGGGUCACGGGCUGGGGUGACACGCGGGGGGGGAAGGAGAACGUGUCUCUGGCCGAGUCCCUGAACCAGGCUCGCCUCCCCAUCAUCGACCACAAGACCUGCCGGCAGAAGAAGUUCUGGGGCGACCGCGUGCGUGACUCCAUGAUCUGCGCCGGCUUCAGAGACACUGAGGGCCCCCCCGCCGCAUGCCAGGGUGACUCCGGGGGUCCUCUGCUGUGCCAGCUGGGCAGGGACCGCUGGGAGGUGCACGGCGUGGUGAGCUUCGGGCCCAUCGGCUGCACGGUGGAGAACAAGCCCAGCGUGUUCACCCGCACCGCCGCCUACAUCCCCUGGAUCGAGGCCACGCGCAUCAGGGACUUCUUCCUGCACUGA